AUGACCAAGUUUCAAAUACCCAAAUACCUUAAGGAUCACAUCAAAGAUAUACCACAUGGCUCAACAAUACUCAAGAGAAAUUGGAUAACAACAAAUGAUUUAAUAUAUAUAUCACAAAAUCAUAACUUACCAUUAACAAAAUUAACAAAUGGAUUAACCCCAUAUAUACCACCACCUAAAACUUCAUCAUACACACCUGAGUUCCAAUCUCAAUUAAAUAAAUUAAAAUAUCAAUUAGAAGAACAAGAAUAUCAAAAUUUAAUAAAUAAAGGUCAUGUGGAUAAUGAUUAUCAAACACCAAAUGAAAUGGCUAAAGAAUUAAAAAAUCAAUUAACUACAAUUUUAAAUAUAUUUGUUUCGGUAUGUUCAGUAGUAUAUGCAAUUUGGUAUUGGACUAAGAAUUAUCAAUUUAAUCCAGCUUAUAGAGUUUUAAUUUGUUUAUUUUUUGGAAUUUUAAUCCUUGUGGCUGAAGUUGUUGUAUUUAAUUCUUAUUUAAGAAAAAUUGAAAAUGCAAAAUUAAAAGAAGCAAAUAAAAUUGAAAAAAAAACAAUUAUUGAUACGAUUAUUAUAAAACCAAAGCAGAGAUAA